AUGCGUCCCAGCACACUUCUCGCCCUCUCCGCUGCCCUCUGCUUCUUCUUCUUGGCCUCCGCCUCGCCGGAUGAGCCCCUCCGGCAUGCCGACCCUUUCCGGGGGGAGUUUACCGAGUGGACGAGGACCCACGCCAAGUCCUACUCCACCGAGGAGUUCGUCUUCCGGCUGAGUGUGUGGCGCGAGAACAAGCGCUUCGUCGAGGAGCACAAUCGCCAGAACCACAGCUAUAGCCUUGGCAUGAACCAGUUUGGCGAUCUCACCGCCGACGAGUUCCGGAGGAUCUACACCACUGACAUGUCCAGCUUCGCUGCUGCCACUGCUCCUAUCACGAAGGAGGAGGAGGAGUACAACGCCACCACCUCCGAGGCUGCCUCCCCGGCCUCGUCCGUCGCCACCCCGCGAGCCUCGACUGGAGGACGUGGGGAGGCGUACAAGCCGUCAAAAACCAGGACCGCCCACUGGCGCAAGUAUGCCACUCUCCCGAACCUUUCCGAGCAGCACCUCGUCGACUGCACGGGCGAGUACGGCAACGGCGGCUGCAGUGGUGGUUGGAUGCACACCGCCUACCGCUGGCUCCAGGACAAGGGCGGCUCGGUCUCCCAGCUCUCUUAUCCCUACACGGCGAGCGUCGGUGCCUGCCAACACGCUGCCAAGCCCAAGAGUGCGUUUGUGCAACACUACACUCGGAUACCCGCCGGCAACGAGAACGCUCUCCUCGAUGCCGUUGCCACGACCGGGACCGUCGCCAUCGCCUACAACGCCGGGACCCAAGCCCACGCGUACUACCAGGGCGGCAUCCUCGACGUACCCAACUGCGGGAACACGCCCACCCACGCAGUGCUGCUCGUCGGCUACGGUACCGAGAAUGGCAAGGACUUCUGGAUCCUCAAGAACUCGUGGGGUUCGGGCUGGGGCGAGGGCGGCUACUUCAGGCUGGCGCGCGGCAAGAACAUGUGCGGGAUCGCUGACUGGGCCUCCUACCCCAUCGCCUUAUAA